CGUCAGUCUCCGACCGCCCACAUCUCCCUAAUUCCCCUCCCCUCCCCUAUAUGUCAUCCCUGGCGUCCUCUCUCUCUCCUUUCCCUUCCCUCCUUUCUCUCUCCCUCUCUCUCCAGGGCUGUUCCUCCACCGCCGGUUGGAGGGGCUCCGUCUCCUCAGGUUUCGCUGCCCCCGAUGCGCCCCUCGCAGGACACCCUCCCCCCGAUCGUCUCCGAUAAGGUCCUGCAUCACGAAGAGCAUGAGACGGGCUCUCUACCUCCAGCAUCGGUCACUUUAUUACGGCAGCGACGAAAACUUCACGUUAUAAAUCCAUUGUGGUACCGCAACAGUCUACUGGCUAGCGUGGGGUUUCUGGAGUUCGCCAACGCGGGUGACUUUGCCGCCAAUGUGUGGAACGAUGUCCCCGUCCCUUUAUACGCCAUUAUCUUCAUGGCGAUCGGAGGUCCUCUAGCACUAUUGAUCAGCGGAUUUGCCGUCCGCGAUAGUGUGCUGAGCUGGCAGAACGUCCGGAUUCUUCAACGAGAGCGCAAGUACCUCAAAUCCCUGCAGGCCCAGCACCUCGAAUGCCCCGCACCGGAUGCCACCACACUCCGUUUCAUCGACCGCCGUCUGGGGGUCAGCCACCGCGAACUGGGCACCGAACUGGUCGAUCGCAUCGUCAUGGACGUAUUUUUGGGGAUCGGCGGUCUUCUGGUCGGCACGGGCACCAUCAUGGCCAUCUGGGGCUCCGACCGACACGUAUACUUCAUCAGCAACCUGCUCUCAGGAUUCGUCGGCAACUCCUUCGCGGCCAUCUACGGCAUCAUCAAUGCCAUCUGGUCGGCCUAUCUGGCCUGGCGCUUUCACAGCUACGACCGCGCGUGCUCCCGAGCGGGAGCCAUGCUCGCCCCGUUCCGCGACCGACUCCAGCGUCGCUUCCAAUGCUUCAAGUGGCACGCCGUCGCAUCCGGGUGGACCGGCCUCAUCGCCGGCGGCGCCUCCAUGAUGACCUCCCGUCUCUGGGAGGGCUACGUUGUCCUCAUCCCAUGCAUGCUGUUGGAGGUUGCCUGCAACCGCUUCUGGCGCGGUCAGCUCGGCUACGACCGUCCCAUCGUGGCACCCGACUCCCCCCUCCACCGGGGCAUCUUAGUCCCCGAGUCUCCCUACAGCCCAGCCAGCAGCAGCAACAACAGCAACAGCAGCAGUCCGCAACUGGGUUACCCGAAACCCACAAUCCCGGUCGCCCACCACCACAAAAUCGAACAAGACACUCCCAACAUCCACCCCGAAGACGCGGAAAAGGAAGACGACCGCCUGCUCCUCGACGCCCUCACCUCCGUAAUCGGCCUCCAAACCGCCCUGAUGCCCAUUCUUCCCUCCACCCUCGUCCUGGAAGACGUAGACUGGACCUCCCUCGACUCCCUCUUGCUCUUCAUCGUCAAUAACCACCUUUUCGACUGCCUCUGCGACUGGCUCGCCACCAACCCCGCCGUCCCCAAGGACUUCCGUCACCGCGUCUUCCGGUUAGCCACCAACCCAUCCUUCUCGGAGAUCACGGUCACCCUGGCCGACCUCCGCCAUCUGAGCGACGUGGAAGAUCGACCCCGCAUGCUGGAAAUGUGUCAAGUCUUCCUACGGACCGAAGCCCAGCAGGUCAUGAUCAAUCGAGAACGGUAUCUCCUUGAGAUGGUGGGGUACACGAUCUGGAAGAACGAUUGACCUUUCCUUCCCCCCCGUUCUGCUUCUUUUCGGCAUUGGGAAAAAAAUCGGAACAUGCAUCAAUAUUGCCCAUAGACUGGGCGUUUUCAACUUUCCGCGUGUUCAAUUGUAUAGAAAUCAGCGGAAGCGAUCGUGUUUUUGUGCUUGUUGAGCAUAGCAUAUAUAAUCGUGUGCAUUGUGUUCCCAUGAGCGCCUGCGCCUGGUUCAUGAGCGAUGAUGACAUAAUGCGGUGUGAUGCGAUGCGAUGCAGGGCUUGGCUAGAUUUGAACUCAGACCGUGAAUCGUGAAGUCUGGGACUUUUAGUUAAUGAUCUAUCCAUCUCGAACUAGCUUGAGUCAAGUCGAGGGAGGAAGGGAGGAAGGAAGGGUGCCGGUUCACUUACUUUCUUUCGGUGAAAUGGAUGUCUUGGUCGAUGUGCUUGGGCUUGGGCUUGAGCGUUGGCAUGAGCAUUGGCAUUGGCAUGAGCAUGAGCAUGAGCAUGAGCAUGAGCG